CCCCCCCCCCCCCCCCCUAAAUAAUAACUAUAACUUCAACUGGAACUGGAUGAACUAAACUACACACAAGUUGCUGUUGUAACACUAACUUAAAGUUUAAAAUAGCGAUAAAAAACUCUUGCUUAUGUACGGUUGAUGAGUCGCAUUUUGCCACAAAGCAAGCACCGGGUUUUCAGAUAGGUAGGUCGGACGGAAGAACGAAGAGGUGUCACUCUGCUUCUAUUUCCGGUUGAGAAAAACCUUUUCCGGAAAAACCCAAGAGACAGGCGAGCCGACGAUCAUUAGGACGAAAGUAGGCCAAUGUUAUCUAAAAAGAUGUUUUUUUUAAUUUAAUUACUGUUAACUUAAGAUAUUUAAAUGAAUAAAGGUAUCAUAGGGAGGCUCACUUUGGAGCCCAGAUGAUGAAAAUAAAGGCACAUAGGUGUAAAUAAAUGUAAACAAAAAUAAUUAGUGUUUUUCCGCAAAUUUUAAAUGUAUAAUGCUUAGUACUUAGUACAUUAGUCAUGAUGUUCCAGAGCAAAAAGGAUUGGCACAAAUUAAAUUAAACAUUUUUCAAACUAUUCGAUUCCCCCCCCCCACCACCCAGAGCUUUCAAACACAUCUUCUUUAGAGGAUGAAGUUUGCUCAGUUGUCAUGGAGAUAGUUUAGGGACAAUGACCUUUGUGCAAAGAGUGAUAACCAAAAGAUCAUAUUUCAACCUAGACAUAUAGUUAAAAAAUUAGACCUUCAGUUGAGAAUGUUUUUUUUCAGUUUUCCAUACAAAAUAAUCCAUUUUUAUUUAUGUUUUAUUCAUGCUGACUGUUUUUCCCCUGGUGUUCCGCUGUAUGUUUUGUACCAAACAAUAAACUCAACGUCAGUAACAGAUCAGCGAUUGUUUCAAUAGACGAUCUUAACACUUUCGUUCCGUUGCCCAUGUCACGUGGUGCUCAUGUUUACAUCCGGGUUUGUGCAGUUUAACUUCCGGAGGUGCGCCGUAGUAGUCAGCUGACGCUUGUGACCAACCAGCGGGUCAACAUCUCCACCGAGGAGACGGGAACGGAGAAAAAAGCCUCCCUGUGUCUACAUCAACCGUAUCAACCGCGGAAAACCGGACAGCAGUUACCCCCCUCCCCGAAACCCGGCCACGUCUUCCCGCCUCCCGCAGGAUGAGUGUCGGCACUCCGAGAGGCCUGGCCAGCUCGGGGCAGAAGCCCAUCGCGGAGAUCCUCCACCCGCUCUCCGCCGCCGAGGAGCCGCUCUCCGUCACCGUCAACCUCGGAGGGGACAAGGCAGCGGGGCUGACCAAUGGCACGCCGGUUGAGACGUCGAGUCCCGCAUCCACGUCCUCGCUCUUCAACAGGCUGCAGCUGGACGACGACCUGGAAGCCGACGUCCGGUACCCCUACGCAGACACCACAGAAACCCGGGACCUCUUUGUCACAGUCAGCGACCCAAAGAAGCACGUCUCCACCAUGGAGACCUACAUCACCUACAGAGUCUCCACCAAGACAACCCGGGUAGAGUUUGACCUGCCGGAGUACUGUGUCCGGCGGCGCUACCAGGACUUUGACUGGCUGAGGAUCAAGUUGGAGGACAGCCAGCCGACCCACCUCAUCCCUCCGUUGCCGGAGAAGUUUGUGAUGAAGGGCGUGGUCGAUCGUUUUUCGGAGGAGUUCGUGGAGACGAGGAUGAAAGCUCUGGACAAGUUCCUGAAGCGUAUCGCCGACCACCCCGUUCUCUCCUUCAACCCGCAUCUAAACGCUUUCCUAACUGCCAAGGACCUGAACAAACGCCAGGUUCUGGCCCUCCUGACCAAGGUGGGCGAGUCGGUGAAGCACGUCGCCGGAGGCUACAAGCUGCGGGCGCGGCCGGCCGAGUUCUGCGCCAUGGGAGAAUACCUGGACACCUUCACCCAGAAACUGGGAACCAUCGACCGCAUUGCUCAGAGGAUCCUCAAAGAGCAGUCAGAGUACCUGACAGAACUGCGGGAGUACGGCACCGUGUACUCCAGCUGGGUGGGGUUGGAGGAGGAGCUGCGGCGCCCCCUGGAGGGCGUGGCGGGCUGCGUGACGACGUGCUGCGCAGCGCUGGAGGACCUGGGGGAGAACAUGAGCCAGGACUUCCUGCCCGUACUCCGAGAGUAUGUCCUCUACGUAGAGUCCAUGAAGAAUGUUUUGAGGAAGCGGGACCAGAGCCAGGCCGAGUACGAGGCCCGACUAGAAGCGGCCAUAUUGCGCAAACAGGAGGACAGAACACCAAUGCCAGUGGAGGUCGAGAAAUGCCAGGACAAAGUGGAGUGUUUCAACGCUGACCUGAAGGCAGACUGGGAGCGCUGGCAAAGCAACAAGAGACAAGACUUCAAACAGCUUCUCACCGGCAUGGCCGACAAAAACAUCAACCACUAUGAAAAGUGCCAGGUGGCGUGGGAGUCACUCAUAACUCUCCUCCAGGACAAACAGACUGAGGACAAAACGAGCGAGACGAACUGAAACAUCUCCUCAUGUCUCAUCCCUCUGUGUAUAACACACUCUCUCAUGCCAAGGAACUGGACAAACAGGGCAGUGGAUUUGAACUGCUGGACUUUGCCCCUGUUUUCCUCUGAGAUGACUGUACGGAGGGGAGUCAUCUCUCAGAGACUCGACCUGCUGCGAAGGAGGUAAUGAAUGGUACAUUCGAGGACAGCUGGGAAAAAGGAGAGAUCUACUAUGUACAGACAUUUUCCUUUUUUGUUUUGGUCUUUGUUCCUAUUGACUUUUUCUACUACAUGUUUCCAAUAAUAACCAGUCGGUUUGCCAAUGCUACUUGUUGUGUAUUUAACCGCGGUCUCAGAGAGGCACGUUUUCUGUCUGAUCGCUCCAUGUUGACAUGCAGACGAAUGGGAAGGAUAAUGCUUCGGCGUCGCAGAAAACCAAUAAGAUCAUGAUAUUUUGCGUGUUCAGUAUUCAGAGCAUCCCGAGGAUUUUU